CGGCUCGUGUGCAUCGAUCCGACUCGUCCGUACGACGAAAAUUCGCGCCUCGCGAAAAUCAAUCCUGCGUCGCGUUGCAUUUUCUUGGCCAGACCGUGAGGAAGGUCGAGCAGAAAACCGGUUCCCAGGUUACGAGUACACCGAAGUCGCUGGCGACAGUAUGUUGAGGAAAUUGCUGAGCAAAUCCGGGCGUAGAUUGCUGAGGGCAAUCAAGAAGCUGUCGACGAGGAGUCGCAAGGCGAAGAAGUCACGGAACCUGACCUCUUGGUUCUCGGCCAUACCGGACCACGAGACAACGUCGAUAUCGUCGUGGUCCCUGCCGUCCUUGGACACGGACAGCAUCGACACGUACAUGACGUACGUGGGCGAGAACUCCGAAGACUGCCUGUCGACGUGUUGCUACUGCGACGAGUACGAGGAGAACCAGAGGAACGAGAACAUCGAGAACGAGAUGAUAAUCUAACGCAUGCGAUCUUACCGUGGACAAUCGAUGCGCCCGUCGCCGCAUUUCCUCUCGACGGCAAAGCAAUUUUCACCUUUCGACUCGCAGCCUCGAUGGAACCGCGAUGGGACAUCCUGCACGGAGACUGGACUCGCCGACCAGAACGUGUGCUCCAUCCUGUGAGCAAACCAGAAAGGAACAGAUCAACAAAGGGUGUCCAAUGAUCAAUGAUCGCGCGAUGGUAACUUAGAGAUCCUCUACAAUCCGUUCCAUAGUAUAUUUGUAAAUUUCAUUAUUUUUCGAGGCGUGUUUUAACGAAAAUUGGACCACAUCGGAUUACGCGUGCGACUGAGUUUUUGAAUAUUUUCAACAGCAUUCCCCGCUUCUAUGCAACCUAACCCCGUUGCUGAGUAAAUGAGUCGAGUCGUGCAUUAAACAAUAUUUAUGCUUAUAUAUUCAAAACGAUAUUACCAAUGCAUUAUUGACGUCCUCACGAGGAAAAUGAGCCCCAACACGUCGUUGUUCGGACUAUAUUAAUUUUGAACAUCUUUCGAGGUUUCACUAAAAAUUGUCGGAACAGGGUCGUGUUUGGGCUCGUUUUCACCGGUAUAACGUCGCCAAUCCAGCGGUAAUAUUUUAGAGGGGGGGAAGUGGGGUACAAGCGGGGAACACUGUAUAUCGUUCCGACGCGUUCUCGUCGCGCGUUUUUCGAAACUGCACCGACAUUCGUACAGCAACGCUUUCCCCGAUCGUUGCUCGAUCUGGGGGCUGCAGCAAAGACUCGUUUUCGCAGCACGUAAAUACUCACGUAAACAUCGAAAGAGGAGAACAUUGCUUCUGGGGCAAUCGGUCUUCCGCAGAAUGAUUAGUUUGUAAGUAUUUAUUUUGAUCUCAUUUAGGCAGGCACUAGCGUCUACUUUAAGCUUAAAUCGUACCAAAUAUCUGUCCAUAGGUAAUGUCGUUUGUCCACGCGACAAUCGAGCGCGUCGUUUCGUAACGUUUCCUUCUCUUUCGCCUAGCGAUUUAGCUCGUAUCUCGCACGCGGCGCGUAGUACAAACAGUACCUACAUACAUGUGUAUAUCGAUCGUGCAAUUUUUAGGAUUCUCUUUAUCAAUCGUCACCAACGAGAGUAGUCGUGUAAAUGUACAAUAGGGUCGUCUUCUAUCCGUCGAAUUUUGACCACGAUUAAAUAUUGAUGGUGGACACAGAUCAGCGACUGCGCUCCAGAAUCCUGAAUUGAGAAUCUUCAGGGACGAUUUUUUUUUUUUUUUUUGAGGUCUAUUUAUUAUUGACAGUAACUGUAAUUAUAAAAAAAAAAAAACUAAACGUCCACAUAUGUUUAUACGCAACGAAUUUCAAACUGAAUUUCUCCUUUAUUUAUUUUAUUUUUUGAUUUUCAAACGGGAUUUUCGAAUUCCAGGAAGUAAAAGGAACACAGUCGCUGAUAGGAACGCCACUAUUUUAUGAAAAUCAAUGUUUUGCCUUUCGGGCGUUACUCGUCGUACGAUAGUUUAGUGUUUCUCAAAAUCCGCGGAUUCUUAGAAGAGUUUUAGUUUUGUGAAAUAAGAGAAUUAUUCCCCAUAGUGUUUUAUUUUUACCGAGAGGUUCUUCCAAUCUAGGGGAUUAACUAUUAUGCAUAUAAUUAUUUAUUAAAGGAGUAUGUUACAUGAGUUUAGCAUCUUUCUUUAAAAUUUUUUUUAAACAGUUAUUUCUCCAGUUGAUUUCCCUAAAAUCUUUAUUGAGGGAUUCGAAGGCGAAGUUUGAGAAAUACUGCAAUAGAUUUAAUGAAAGUAGCACGUCCAACGAAACGAUGAGACUUAUAAAAAUUAUUGGUGUUGUAUAGGUUGCGUAGACCAGGGGUUCUCAUAUCUCCCCAACAGUGUUUCAACCUCAUUUUAAUAUGGAAUUAAAAAGAAAAAUAACAAAAUAAUCAUAAAUUGGCGACAACUCAAAACAGGUCCGAGCUAAUUUUUUAACCGAACUUUGGGAACCUCUGGCGCAGUAGACGAUUCUUCGAUUCGUUUUUCAUCGUCGACAUCCAAGAAUCCUAGAAACCAGAAAAAUUUUCAAGUAUCGCGUUACCACCGUUUCGUUUUCUAAUUAUCGUGGAAGUCGCACAAUUUAGCUUACGAAACGAACCGUCAAUGGUAGCCAUUUUUUCGUACCUUUGCCAAUCGCGUAGCUUUCCUUUCGAACCGACAACGGCACAAUCGAUGUUAGAGCGUACUUGUCGCGGAAUCAAGAACUAAAAAGACUACGGAAUAAAAUACUUUUCUAUACGGCGUCUUGUUUUAUGCACUUUUGCUCAAAAGCACCGGUAUCCUUGCGACCGAGGCGAACUUUUUUCGUAUCCUCCCGCGGAAUUCUGUCCCCGCGAGAGCAAACCCGGACUAUGAUUUCCCGUUGCGUUAGAAACUUGUAUGUAAAUAAAUAUGUGAAUGUAUAUAAACGUCGUGCAGGUGUAAAUAGAUGUAUAUGGAUGCGUCUCGAUAUUUUUCCGUAAGUAUGUCCGACGAGGCUGUGACUUUCUAAUGGAUGCGAAUGUCAUAAAUAAAAUAGUUUUA